AUGAACGGCACCAUAGCUUGGAAAUCCAAGAUGCCGCUAUUGUUGCUGCUGCAGAGCUCGCUGGCCGCUACAUCACUGAUUGACAGUCAAGAAAAGGAAGAGGACACUGUGAAGAAAGCAAUUGUUGCACCAAAUCAUGUCGCACAAGCUGUGCGCCGAUGCACCGGAAUUCCUGUCUCUACGCUUGAUCAAGAGGAGAAGGAUAGGUUAAUCCACCUAGCGGAUAGACUUCAUGAGCGAGUUGUUGGCCAGGAUGAAGCGGUAAAUUUGGUUGCAGAAGCAGUCUUACGUUCCAGGGCUAGCCGUGAUCAGCCUGGCCAACCCAUAGGCUCGUUCCUCUUCUUAGGAUUGACUGGUGUUGGAAAGACAGAUCUUGCAAAAGCUCUUGCCGAGCAGCUAUUCGACAGUGAGAAAAUGUUGGUUCGCAUUGACAUGUCUGAAUAUGUUGGGUUUGGAGCUGUGGCGCGCCUAAUUGGAGCUGCACCAAGCUGCAUUGCCUAUGAUGAUGGUGGACAACUGACUGAAAUAGUGAGGAGGCGCCCAUAUAGUGUCAUCCUUUUUGACGAGGUGGAGAAGGCAGAUCCCUUGGUGCUGAACGUUUUUAUUCAACUUCUUGAUGAUGGUGUUCUGACUGAUGGCAAAGGCCGGACCGUAGAUUUCAAGAAUACUAUCAUCAUUAUGACCUCAAAUCUAGGAGCAGAGCACCUAACAGCUGGAAUGGCUGGAGAAAGCACAAUGGAAGCUGCAAAGGAGCUUGUGAUGAAAAAGAAACACUUUAAGCCUGAAUUUCUGAACAGACUGAGCGAGGUGGUGAUAUUUGAGCCACUUCUGCAUGACAAACUGAAGGAGAUUGUAAAAAUUCAGAUGAAAAGUGUCACUGCAAGGGUAGCUGCCAAGAGCAUCUCUCUGUCUGCAAGCGAUGCUGCGUUGGACGUCAUAUUGUUGGAAUCAUGCAACCUAAUGUAUGGCGCAAGGCCCAUAAGGAGGUGGGUGCAGAAGAAUGUGAUGACAGUGCUGUCCCGGAUGCUGCUCAAAGGUGAAGCCGUUGAAGGCUCAACUAUCGUCAUUGAUGCUACGGAUGACAAAACGGGGCUCAAGUACGAAGUGUUAAAUCCACAAGGCAAGAGUCCAGUGGUGGAACUUUCCUGUGACAAGACAAAGGUGACAUAA